UGUCCCUCAGACACAGCAGAUCACCGAUCAACGGAAAGAGCAGAAGAUGGGACAUGUACACUGAUCAUCAGGGCACUGAUGAUCAGUGUGCCCUGAUGAUCAGUGUAGCCCCAGCAGUGCCACCUGUCAGUGUCCAUCAAUGCCAGCUGUCAGUGCCCAUCAAUGCCACCUGCCAGUGCCCAUCAGUGUCCACAUCAAUGCCGCAUAUCAGAGCCUACCAGUGCAGAUCAAUGCCACAUAUCAGUGCCCAUCUGAGCUGCCUUUCAGUGUCACCUAUCAGUGCCAGUCAGUGCCACCUAUCAAUGCCAGUCAGUGCCACCUAUCAGUGCUGCCAAUCAGUGCCACCUAUCAGU